UCACAAAAGCCACGGGAAAGAGAAGACAGACUAUCAACUGUCCGUGCAUUUGGAUGAUCUCUCUCAAGCUUCACAGGAUAUGCAUGAUAUGAGGAAUUGCUAUGAUAGCUUGCUUUCAGCUGCUGCUGCAACAGCAAAUAGUGCAUUUGGUAAAAAGAGCCUUGUGCUCAUGCUUUGAUAUUAGUAUAAAAGGCCAAUUAAUAUGCUCCUAUUGCGAUGAGUUAAAGAUAAAUUAGAAUGGACACUAAUUUGUUCUUAUAUGAUUGUUUGAUUAUCUUUUGCCCUUGCAAUGCUCUAAUAUGGUGAAUAUGCCUAUUAUUAUGGCUGUCUUUUGUGUGUUGUUUCUAUGACUGAAGCUUCUAUUACAAGUCCACGAGUCUGAUAAUACUGGUAGAUGUCUAAACAUUGACCAUAUAUCUAUGGCUCUCUCCUAAGAUGACGUUUUCAGAACUUUCUUACUUUAAAUCAUAUUCAGUCUUAACCAAUGCAAUUAUAUGAAGAAUUUUCAGAGUCACUGCGGGAUAUGGGUACCUGUAUACUGGAGAAAACUGCAUUAAAUGAUGAUGAAGAAAGUUGCAAAAUAUUGUCAAUGAUGGGAAAUGUGCAGUUUGAACUCCAGAAACUUGUUGACUCCUAUGUUGGUUCUUAUUGUUAUCGCUCUCAUGUAAUCCAGACAAUUACGACCCCAUCAGAGUCGCUUCUCAGUGAACUUCGGACAGUAGAGGAAAUGAAACGGCAAUGUGAUGAAAAAAGAAAUUUGUACAAAUACAUGGCGGCACAACAGCGAGAAAAAGGAAGGUCAAAAAGUGAAAAAGAGGAAGUUUUUACUUCGCAGCAAUUACAAGCAGCUCAUGAUGAAUAUGAUGAGGAGGCAACCCUGUGCAUUUUCCGAUUGAAAUCUCUGCAGCAAGGGCAAUACCGCAGUCUUUUAACACAGGCAGCUCGUCACCAUGCAGCUCAGCAGUUGAAUUUCUUUCGGAAGGGACUUAAAUCUCUUGAAGCAGUUGAGCCACACAUAAGACUCGUUAUGGAAAAGCAACACAUUGACUACCAACUCAAUGGACUUGAUGAUGGGGAAGAUGGGGAGGAUGAAGGUGUGAAUAGUCAUGAGACUAAUGAUGAUGGGGAAUUGAGUUUUGGCCUUGAUGCUGUUUCCACAUUGAGGAAUUCCAUGGAGUUGGAUCAGGCAGACAUUCUGCGUCCUCUAGUUUCUACAGUGGAAAUUGCAGAGGUAAAUCUCAACAAAGGCCUGGGAGAGCAGAUUUUCGAUCAGCAACCUCGAGUGGCCAGCCAUUCUGCCCCAAUAUUUGCAGAUACGAAGUUUGAUCCAGCUGAAAGGAUUAGAGAAAUGCAGCCAUCAUCUGCUCGGAAGUUUCAUAGUUAUGUGCUACCAACUCCAGUUGAUGCGAAGAGCUCAAUUUCUGCAAAAACAAAUAGUUCAGUUCUGCAGUCAAGGCCAACAAGUCAUAGUGGAAGCACCCAAAGCUUGUGGCAUUCAUCCCCGUUGGAGCCUGAGAAGCAUGAGAAAGAUUUCGCAGAUGAUAACUCAUCAGUGCCCACUAUCCCUAAAGCACAAUCAAAACUCAAAGAGAGCAGUAGGAACAACCCCUCAGUCCAUCUACCCCCAUAUUUGUCUCAGGGACUCUCACUUACACACAGUGAUACACAUAAUGCAUAUGAUACUAAAAAGGUCAAAAGACAAGCUUUCUCUGGCCCUAUUAUUACAGGUAAGCCGUUGCCAACCAAGCCUGUUUUAUCUGCCAGCGGCCCCAUUACCUCCACUGAACUUCCCCAACUGGUUUCUGGAUUGCUUUCUGGAGUACCAACUCUUCAGCCUCCUUCUUCAUCUCCGAAGGUGUCUCCCAGUGCUUCACCUCCAACUGUAUCGUCACCCAAAAUAAGUGAGCUUCAUGAGCUUCCUAGGCCCCCAGGUGGUUUAACCUCUAAGCCAGUAAGUUCUUCCAUUAGGCACUCUGCCCCAUUGAUCUUCAGGAAUCAAGAGGUUUCUCAAACGAACAAAAGCCCUGCCGGGGCAUUUAGUGCUGCAUCCACACUUCCAACUCCUCCAUUAGUUGUUCCUAGAAGUUUCUCCAUACCGUCUAGUAAUCAGAGAGCAAUGGCGUUGCAUGUGGCCAAGCUAUUGGAAUCUCCUCAACCUCCAGAGAAGGCUGAAGAAUAGAUUCUCCUCCACUGACACCAAGCUGUUAUCAAAUGUUUCAGAAGUAGCUCCUCACUCUGGGCAAAUUGAAGGUGAGAGCUGAUUCUGUGGAUUUCAGCUGAUGAAGACAGGUCUGUAAAUGAUUUUUCGGGUAUUGUUUCAUUUUUUUUUUAAUGGAAGCUUUUCUCCAUGGCUAGUAUGAUCAGUCUCAUUUAUUUUUCUAGAGACAAUGGAUGAUUUUUCAUAAUAUAUGGAAGUGAAGCAAAUAUUAUGCUGUUCUGGUUUCGUGGUUUAUAUAUAUCAUCAGUUGUCAUGUCCAGUUGUUGUUCCCCAAA